AUGGAUGUGGACGACGAUCCAGAUCCCGCUAUGCCACCUUCUGGGACGCCCACGCAUCCCAUCGAAAUCUCCAGCAGUUCUUCAUUUGCAGGAUCGCCAUAUAUAGGCCCCGACAUAUGGGCCGAAAGGUGGAGUACUUACAAGUGGGAGUUUACUCCCCCUCACCACAACUCACCUCCACCACAACGUGCUCCCUCCGAGGAGCCACUUUUUCAAGCGGUCACGCCACCGCCACCGCCAGCACCAGAGCAGCCUCCGCCGCCAGAACCGUCGAGGCGAAGAAGAAGCGCACGGAUGUCCGUGCGAGGGGGUUUUCAUUUCAGCACCCCACAAAACUCCAGCAACUAUCUGCCAAUCUUUGAAGACCCACAAAUGGGCGGGCCUUCAAAUGCUGUUUUAGAAGUCGACUCUGCACCGGUCACUCCUGCACCACCACCCAUGGGUUAUGAAAGCCCAAUCCGUGCUUACCAAGAUACAACUGGGUACAACCCGUUUGAGCCACAAGCUUACUCGGGUUAUAACUAUAGUGCACCUGCUGUCGACCCAUACGUUGAGGCAGCAAAUUUUAAUGCUCUCUACCCCUCGCCUUUUCCACCCGCGUACCCAACUGGGUACCCUGCUUAUGGGUAUCAAUACCCGCCACCUCCACAACCUUAA